AUGAUCCCAUGGAAUGAGAUGGUGAUCCGGGGUGAGGCGAAGUUGUUGAAUGUCGCUGGUGGCUUUGCCAAGUGCAUCAAAAUGUGCAAUGAUUGCGACUAUGUUGUUUAUAAUGAGUAUUACUCCGAGUGUUUUCUAAUUUAUUAUGAUCAUUAUGGUCAGAAAUUCAACUUCAUUACUGAUGAUUACCAGGUAAGCAUCCUAUUUGAAGAACGCGUUAGCUGCCAUAAACCUAUAGGAAACACUAUAGUCGUGGAUGGAAUAGAACUUAAGGAUUGCAUGCAGCUAUGUCUUACUCAUCCGACAAUGAGUUGUGAAGCCAUCUCCUACUAUCCUGAUAGGAAGUGCUUGUUACUGACAGGGACAACUAGCCGUGACUCAAACAUCAACAUAGGCACGAACUGCAGACAAUACAGGCUAAAUGCGAUCAAAUUUGCAGGAAUAUCUAGGAGAAAAGUAGGAACAAAACGGAAACCGCAUAAGUUAGCUAGCGAUUUUGGGCGGGCUAAAGCGCAUGGUGUGAAUAAGAAGAGUCAGGUAAAGUGA